CUUUUCGUACAUCUGGUCUCCAAACGAUAAACAAUAAUGGCGAAUUGUAAUGCUGUUCAGAAAGAAAUUGAUAAAGUGUUAUCAAAAUUUGCAGUUAUGAAAGAAGAAUCUGCAAAAGAAAUAGAUGAUGUUAUUAAUUCUUUUGCAGAACUCAAAAAAAAAAUUGAAAAUGGGGGAGAUCUUCAAGAGGGAGAGAAGCUCUUUUUAGCAUGUAAUUCUAUUACGAGAAACGUCUUAUCAAGAAUAAGUAACAAUCAUAAAGAUCUUCAUAAUCAAGUCUCAAAAGUUGGCAAAGCAAUCGAUAGGAAUUUUACAUCUGAUUUUGAAGCUAUAAUUACCGAUCCGUCUUUUGAAUGUCGCAAUGACUUAUUAAAUAAAUCAAUUGCUGAGCAUUUGAUAAGAGAAGGACGUAUUGAUAUUACCGAUAUACUAGCAAGAGAAUCUGGAAUGCUCUUUACUGACGAAAACCAUGAAUUGUUCUUAAAGUUGCAUUGUAUAUUAGAAGAGUUAAAAAACCAUCAUCUAGAAUUGGCUAUUGAAUGGGCCGAGAGUUGUAAAAAUAGCUUUCAAAAUACAAAUAGUCAUUUAGAAUUUACGCUACACAAACUCCAAUUUAUUAAGUUAGUAAAGAAGAAGCAAUUGACUGAAUGUUUGUCCUACGCAACAAAGCACUUGUCUAAAUUCGCCGUUGAACAUACUUCUGAAUUUCAGACCCUGAUAGGAUGUUUAAUGUAUGUAAAUAAGGGAUUGGAGAAUUCUCCUUACAGCCAUCUCCUAGACGCUCAACUCUGGAGAGACGCUGAAAUUUUAUUAUUAAAAGAGGCUUGCUACUUGAACGGUCUAAGCGUUGAGAGUCCUUUAUCAGUAGUAAUAAACGCGGGCUGUAGAGCCCUACCGCCUCUAUUGGAUAUUAAAAACAUCAUGCACCAAAGAAAAUGUAACGACGUCUGGAGUAAUAAGGAUGAAUUGCCAGUUGAAAUAGAAUUACCAAAUGAAAAUCGCUAUCAUUCGAUUUUUGCCUGCCCUAUUUUAAAACAACAGACAAGCGAAGCAAAUCCUCCACUUAGAUUGAUUUGUGGUCACGUUAUUUCUCGCGACGCUCUGCUUAAAUUAGCUACAGUCAAUAAGGUGAAAUGUCCAUAUUGUCCAGUUGAGCAGCAAACUUCCGAAGCUCGAGAGAUAUGUUUUUAA